AGAGAGAGAGACCCAUGCCUUUGAUAGAAAGUGCACGCUUUCCCGGAAAAAGAGAGCAGAGUGAGUGAGAGACAUAAGUAAACCCCUGCAUCCAAAUUCACACCAUUCUGGCAGAGGCAGUUCAACAAGACACGCACCCUUAAUUCAUUGUAACGUGUCAUCUUCUGAAUUUGCAUGCCAUAGGGUCAUUAACCUCCUCAGUCCCUUAAUAUACACUCCUCUGCUUCACCAACCUCUCUGCAAAUUUCCACACUUCUUCUCAGAACUGUUACGGAAUUCAUCGUUUCACUGACAUGGCCGUUCGACGCUCUCUGCUCAGCAAAACCACGUGCUGCAGCGUCGUGGUUUGGUCGUGGAUGCUGGUGGCGCUGAUGAGAGUGCAGGGUGCAGGCGCCAGGCCCAACCGGAGGGAGCAGGGCUCGAUCAUAAAGUUACCCAGCGAAGCGGUGGAUGCUGACUCGGAUGAAGUGGGAACGCGAUGGGCGGUUCUGGUGGCCGGUUCAAACGGUUACGGAAACUACAGGCAUCAAGCAGAUGUGUGCCACGCGUACCAGUUGCUGAUCAAAGGUGGAGUGAAAGAAGAAAACAUUGUGGUGUUUAUGUACGACGACAUAGCCAACCACGACCUGAAUCCCAGACCUGGAAUCAUCAUCAACCAUCCUCAGGGUCCAGAUGUCUAUGCUGGGGUUCCUAAGGAUUACACUGGUGAGAAUGUGACGUCCCGGAACUUCUACGCCGUUCUUCUUGGGGACAAGAGUAAAGUGAAGGGAGGAAGUGGCAAGGUGAUUAAUAGCAAACCAGAAGAUAGAAUAUUUAUUUACUACUCUGAUCAUGGAGGUCCAGGAGUUCUUGGGAUGCCAAACAUGCCCUACCUUUAUGCCAUGGAUUUUAUGGAUGUCUUGAAGAAGAAACAUGCAUCUGGAGGCUACAAGAAGAUGGUGAUAUACGUGGAAGCUUGUGAAAGUGGGAGCAUUUUUGAAGGUAUAAUACCCAAGGAUUUGAAUAUUUUUGUCACAACAGCAUCGAAUGCCCAAGAGAAUAGUUGGGGAACUUAUUGUCCAGGAAUGAUUCCUUCUCCUCCUCCAGAAUACAUCACUUGCCUGGGGGAUUUGUACAGCGUUGCUUGGAUGGAAGACAGUGAGAGUCACAAUCUGAAAAGAGAAUCCGUGGCACAACAAUACCAAUCGGUAAAACAAAGGACUUCAAAUCUUCAGGACUACGGGAUGGGUUCACAUGUGAUGCAAUAUGGUGAUGCCAACAUCACAGAUGAAAAGCUUUAUUUAUACCAAGGUUUUGAUCCUGCCACUGUGAACUUCCCUCCACACAACAGACUAGAAGCUAAAAUGGAAGUUGUUAACCAGAGAGAUGCAGAACUUUUCUUCAUGUGGCAAAUGUAUCAGAGAUCAAACCAGCAGCCAGAAAAGAAGACAGACAUCCUCAAACAGAUUACGGAGACAGUGAAGCAUAGGAAACACUUAGAUGGCAGCGUGGAAUUGAUUGGAGUUUUGUUGUAUGGACCGGGAAAAGCUUCUUCUGUUCUACAAUCCGUGAGGACUCCCGGUCUUCCCCUUGUUGAUGACUGGACAUGCUUAAAAUCAAUGGUCCGGGUGUUUGAAACUCACUGUGGGUCUCUGACUCAGUAUGGAAUGAAACACAUGCGAGCAUUCGCCAACAUAUGCAACAGUGGUGUUUCUGAGACCUCCAUGGAGAAUGCGUGUGUGGCAGCCUGUGGUGGCUAUCAAGCUGGCCAAUUACAUCCAUCAAACAUAGGAUACAGUGCUUGAUUUUGGGCUGUGCACACAAAGACCGGUUGAUAAUGUAAUACUCUGAAUUGCAUUCUCACUACUGGUUUAUGCUGCUUAGAUCAAAUUUGUUUUUUGUAUAACUUGAGUAGCCCAAUAGCAUAGUAGUUAUACUGGUCGUGUAUAUAAGUGUAAUAAUACCCUUUACAUAAAAUAAGUACAAUUUUAGUUAGUAUAUUUCGUGCUCUAAUAUCUUGGUGAAAGCCAUUCCUUCAAA